AUGAGCUUGAAUCGAGGAAGAGCCUUGUUGACAAGAAAUAGGAUAGGGUUUAUUAUACGGAGUCAGCAUACGCUACCGCAUCUCCAACAAACCAAACGUGAUCACGGACAGUUCAACUAUGAUUUUAUAAAGACGGAGGAUCGAUCAAGGGCCGAAAUAUUGAAAAAGUACAUACCUGAAGAACAAGUUUCAAGUCAUCUUGGAGGAGUUGACGAGUCGCUUGAGUUUGAAGAUAGAUCGCCAUUUAGAAAUUCAGAUGGUACGCUAAUUCAAGGGAAGAACGCUUUAGAAGCAAGGCUAGAUGUUCGCACGCUUCAAGGAAGAGUGGAUCAUUCUGUCACAAUUUUACCACCUGAAAUCGCUAAAACGAUCCAAAACAAUAUCUUGAGCACCACAAUACCGGCGAAGCUAAGAGAACGUGUCGUUUCGGUUUAUCAAAACUUGCAAAAAAACCAGAUUCAACAAGCACCACUGAGUGAGCUUGAUUGUAAUGCACAUAUUGCAGCUCUUUUUUUACAAGACUAUAGCCAUGUCAAGCAAGUAAUUCAGGAGUUGAAGCAAAGAGUAGGCAAAGACAAGUUUAACCCAAGAAGAGUAUUGGAUAUUGGAUACGGACCAGCAACGGGAAUGGUAGCCUUGAAUGAAGUUAUGGGCGAUGUGUGGGUUCCAGAGGAAAAAGAUGCUUACAUAGUUGGAAGAAGAAACAACGAGAUGAAAAAAAGAGCCAAAAUUAUUUUGUCAAGGCAAGCGAAUGAGAGUUUUAUAAACAAUGAGCCUAGUGGAGAGCAAGUGGAGGUUAAAGAGUAUGUUGGACCCAUUGACGCGAAAAAGAUCGAAGUUCGUACCAAGUUGAGAGACACUAUGCCGGUGACAAAGAAAUAUGAUUUAAUCAUUGUUCAUCAUUCGUUGUUAACAAGGGAAUACAAUUUCCCCAAUGAUGUCGACGAGAACUUACGAAUGAUUUUGAGAUUACUUGCACCAAAGGGGCAUUUGAUCUUGGUUGAACGAGGAAAUUCGGUUGGAUUCGAGACUAUUUCGAGGGCAAGACAAGUGAUGAUACGUCCUGAAAAUUUUCCUCAUGAAUUGGGUAAAAUUCCUCGUCCAUAUGUUAAAGGUUCCGGUGGUAAACCACAACAUUUGAAAAAGGAAGAUGAUAUGAUUAGUGAAGAAGAUGUUGAAUUUGAAAAAGAUAUGUUGGCAAGAUUAGAUUUGGAGGAAGAGGAAGAGUUUAAAAAACAAGGAAGUAUUAUGGAGAGUGAAUUGGAUGAAAAAUUUGGUAAACUCAAUAACGAUGAUUUGGCAUUUGACGAAGAAAAUGAUCCAAACUUUGAAGUAUUUGAUGUUAAAGCAGCUGCUGCCGCUGAUGCUACAAGUGAAUCUCAGUUCGACAAGAUAGAUUAUCAUUUAAAGGUUCUCGCACCUUGCCCCCAUCACAGAAAAUGUCCUUUGCAACUAGGCGAUCCAAAGUACUACAAAAUCCCAUCGCAUAAGCAUCGCUUGAAUUUCUGUUCAUUCUCUAAAAUCGUGGAAAGACCCGAUUACACGAUGGAAUUGAAAAAGGGUAAGAAAUUAGCGGUAAAGUGGGACAAAAAUUCAAUUGAUGGUAUUGGUACUCUCAGCCGUGGUGAAUUGAAGAAACUUGGUGGUAAAGGUAGACCUGGUGGAAGAGAUACUGAAGAUGGAUCUUAUUCUUAUUUGAUUGUUGAAAGGAGUGACAAUACUGAUGAAUCGAUUUCUCGGAUCAAUGAUUUACGUGAUUUCAGCAAUCAUGAUAAUUCGCCCAUAGAUCAAGAUGAUAUAAACAAUUGGCCAAGAAUCAUCAGAACACCAGACAAGCUAAAGAAAAAUGUCAAGUUAACUGUUUGUUCCAAUGAAGGAGAUGUUGAGACGUGGCAGGUUCCUCGAUCUUUGGGGAAGCAAGCUUACCAUGAUGCAAGGAAAGUUCAAUUGGGUGAUUUGUGGGCAUUGGAUAAAAAGACAAGUACCAAAAGACAACCAAUAUCAAAGGACAUCAAAACCAAAUUGGACACAUUGUACAAGACACACAAAAAGACAUUUAAAAAGGAGCAACAGCGCAAGAUUUGGAAAAAGAAAGUUGGUGUUAGUGAAAGUGAGUUUGAUGAUGGGUUUUUAGCAACAGAGAUGAUGGCAGACAAGUUGGAAAAUAGUCGUUCGUACAAGAAACAAGGAAAGCAUUUGGAUAUCAACCCGGAAGUGUACGAGGGUAAGUGA